AUGGGAAAACUGUCAGAUGACCAACAAUCUGGAGUUUAUGCAGCAGAUAUAGUAUGCAGCUGUGCUAGCUUACUCGGCUCUUUAUUUGUGAUUAUCAUGUAUCUCGGGUACAAAGAAAUCCGCUCUUUUUCUUUCAGACUUGUAGUAUAUCUCUCAAUUUUUGACUCAAUGUACGCAAUCGGUAUCUUAAUUGGACCAACUCAAAGCUACACAGCUUGCAUGGCUCAAGCCAUCAUAGUCUCUUAUUUUCCUUUAGGAACCAUUGUAUGAACCAACAUAAUUGCCUUUACCCUCUAUAAAUCUAUAAUCCAACAAAUCGAUAUGCAAAAAUACGAAUGGAAAAUUAUUUUAUUUGGAAUUUUAGCACCCUUGCCAGGCACAUUGCUUCCUUUAACCACAAACUCAUAUGGCAAAGCUCGGUUUGGCGAAUGCUGGAUUGUAAUAGAUGAUGACAGAACUAAUGGGAUCGUCUGGCAACUUUUUCAAUUUUAUUUGCCUUUGUGGCUUGGGUUUAUUUUUAAUGCAUCUUGCUAUUAUAAGGUUAGGCAUUUUGUAAAAGUUAUGAUGAUGCAUGUACAGAACGAUUUAGAUGAUGCUGUCAAACAACAGAAAUUAAAAUUAAUUUCUCGGCUAAAAUAUUACCCACUUGCAUUGAUUUUUUGCUGGUUUUUUGCGACUAUUGAUCAGAUUUAUUUGUAUAGUAAUUAUGACGACCCGAGUUUUGGACUGGCACUGCUUGAUGUGUCGUUUGGGUCGAGUCAGGGACUUUUAAACGCGCUUAUAUAUGGGCUUAAUCCGGUUGUAAUGAAUGCGUUUAUGAAGUCUUUGCAUCAGUGUAUGCCAUGCGUGAGCUAUGAAGAUAAAGGAAGAGAGAUGGAAAUUGCAACGAAGGUUUAA